AUGGCUAAGUAUGCCAUAGUUCUGGAUACACAGAACCGACAUAAUAAAGCUUUACUCCAAGUAAUCGGGGAUGCGAAAACACUAGAAGGCAGUGUGAUACCUUAUGAUAUUCCCUCGUACUUACAUGAUGAAAUUUCUGUGGGAACUUCUAUUAUGGAGACAAAACAUACGUAUGAGGAUGGAGAAGAGGUAUUUGUGGAAAUAUGCAGAUCCAUCCGUCCCGUUUCCUUCAGUUCGUCAAACUGUUUGAGAAUCAGAACGUUGCUGAAUGUAAAUUUGAAAAAAAUAAACCAACUCUCAUCGAUAACCAACGGACUUGUUUAUUCAAAUGAGUUUGGGCCCAUUAAAGUUCCUCCAGUACUCAUAUCGAAGUUUAAACAAAUCCAAACGCCGAACGUGUAUGCUGAUAUUGAACUCAAUAAUCGACAGGAUUGUUGGUACUCGAAUUCGGUUAGAUGGCAAAUCGCUCCAAAUGGACUUCUCUUAGAAGUUUCUCGUUUUGAACAGGAAAAGGAACCUCCAUAUCGCAUUGAUGAGUCUUCCAUCUGUUUUGGACCAUUUCAAGGAGUCGUGGUCGAAACAACGCCUGGAGCAGCCCUUAUAUGGAGUCCAAAGAUAGUUGCCGUUCUAAAAACUAAUGAAAACGUUCGACCAGGCAUUUGGUAUAACUUCGAUGCUAAAUUGGGCGAUAGUAAUCAUGAGUUUCCAAUACCUUGUAAAUAUUUUGUUCAUGAAUACCGGCUGAACGGUAUGCCAGUUUUACCAACAAUUGUUUCUGAUGAGAAAAGUUGUGGAGUAUCGUUUGAAGUCGAAGGUCAAAUAGCUCUGGAUGAAAAUGAUAGGUUUUAUUAUAUGAAAACUGCUGAGUUGGGCAAUAUCACUUGUGGAAUUACUUCAUGUCUUCUGGGAAGUUCUCUUGCCACAGGUGAAAGAGCAGUUGCCCAAGUCUCUCUCAUAAAAGACGAUUUAAAUUUAGUUUUACAGUUCCGGAGCAUAGAUACAAUUGGUGAAUCCGAAGUGGGUAUUUUUGUGAGGGAUAAAGCUGGAAGACUUUUUGUAUCUGUGGGUCCCUAUCUUUAUGACAUAGACUGCCAUGUGAGCCAAUUUUGCGAUAGUUUGGAAGUUGGUCAUAUAAUUCGUGUUAGAUUCUGUUACAGCCGUUCGAAGAACAAGAAAAGAAUAUUCUCUUAUAAGGUUCUAGACAGUGAAAAGUUAGAAGAGUUCCAGGGCGUCAUAACAGGAGAGUUUUUGGUAAAACCUGACGGGUUCGUGACUGUAGGCAGCCAGAAGUAUAACUGUUUCUGUACAGUCGAAGGCCUUAGAUUCGUCGAUUCUGAGAACGUUUUAGUAAAUCGUGAACAACAAACAAUCUGUGUCGUUUGGAACACCGGUCAAGAUAACCUUAGAUGGACUAUAGAAACUGGCAGCAACGGAGGAAGUGUCCAGAGAAAGAGUUUCGACCGCCAGGCUUCUGUUAAUCACGUUACAACAAACUUAAUGGGAGAGGGGGUUAUGAGGCCGAUUAAACCUGUUGAACAUUCCUUAAGAAGCGUCUUAAUCCAAAAGCAAUGUUUUUGUUCACCCAGUUACAGUCAAUUUCUUUCUCGACCUUCUCCGAAUAGUCUUGUGGAAAAUGAAUCACCUUACAAGCUGAAGUUGUUCGCUGUUGAACAGCACACUCAUGGAGAUAAAACCAUCGUUCAGUUUUUCGUUACUUCUAUCUCUUGGGUUCUUACUACUUUCGUCACUGUUAUAUUCGGACCUGGCUAUGAUGAACUCCCACGUCACUUCAGCGUAGGACAAUGGUAUGAAAAAAAUCUUCAACGUGUCAGAGCUGUCGGAAACAGACGUAUUACCCGUGUGAAGAUGGGAGAGGAUUGGACAUUCCCCGAGUUUAUUCCAGAAGAACCAUGUGUAAUUAAUGUACGAAAAUGGGAAAAUUUCACAUUCAUAAAUUGUUCAAUGGAUUUUAUUCGGAAAAAUGAUAAGCAAGAUUCAUGUGGAAUCCAUACCAUACUUCACAAUCGAACUUUCGGAGCUGUAAUUGCUAAUGGAGAAGAUCAUUUCUGCCAACCGCUAGAUGAUAAUGUUGAAGAAGUUCACUACUCUGGCUACGUUGAGCCUUUAUCAUCACCGUUGCGCCUCGGAAAGUUUACUGUACAUUGGAGAAUCAUCCGACCCUUGGAAACAAUCAACGUUUUGUACCGACCGAGAAGUCAGAUGGAUGAUACGAGCCGAAGGACUUAUUGGGAAGAUCAGGAGCAUGUUCAACUUGAGCGAUUAGUGGACGUCGAAUUGAAUCGCAAUGACGCCCAAGAGAAAGAAAAGAAAAGAAAAGAAAAAAUUAUGAAAGAAAAAUAUAAGGAGAUGGAGAGAGUUUCAAAGCAGGAUCGGCUCGACGAUCUGAACAUCUGUUUUGAUAUAAUCCAGGAGAAUUUACAUAUUUUAAAAGUUAUUGAUAUAAGCAUUGUGAACGACUUUGAAAUUGCCAGAAUUGGCUUUACUGAUAAGCUGAAGAAGAAAAGUCAGCGAAUAACAACAGGAGCUAAAUUCCUAUUUGAUGUUUUGAGCAAUAGGGACUACUAUAUUGCUUUACAGAUCAGCGUAUUUGACAGUUUACGAACUUUAAGAACAACACUGCGGGAGCAUUACUCUUAUCUAGUCAAGUUGCCAGGCGCUGAUAUUGCGUCCGUCCAGAGUUUCAUAGCUGAUCUAUAA